AUGGCAAACCUCGAUUCCGGAGCGCGCGCCAUAGCUGCUCUUUUAGGGCUCUUCGCGAGGUUCAUUGAUCGCGUCGCGGGGCGAGUCACUAGUGCCACUACUGCGCUCAAGCGGGUCCUUGGAGCUCGGCUCCCACGGCUUGUACUCGGCCCCUCGGUUCCUCUUCCGUGGAGAUCCUUCGCAAGACCUUUCAUACCUUUAGUGCCGUGGGAGUUUUUUAUUCAGUCAUGCGAAGCACAAGCACGCAACCACUUCCGAGCUCCCCUUUCUCCAGUUCGCUGCGAUGUUGCGACGGGGGCGUGCAUGGUUUUCAACGCAUAUGGAACUUGGCCGGACAGGAGCUUUUGCAAGGUAGGGGAAGAAGCGUUCCCCUCCACGGAGCAGGAGCUGGUUGAUAUAGUCGCACAUGGUGUGAAGAACAGGAUGAAGAUGAAGGUUGUGAGUAAUUCAGCUCACAGCUUUCCCAAGUUCGCGUGUCCUGGAGGGACUUCUGGCCUUGUAAUCAGCACGGCAAAAUACUCCAGCAGGGUAGUGAUAAACGCGAGCUCCAUGACUGUAACGGCAGACAGUGGUGUAGAGCUCUCAAGACUUUUACAGGAGAUCGGAAGUCAUGGCCUGGCUCUUCCUUCGUCGCCUUAUUGGAACGGGAUUUCGCUGGGAGGGCUGUUAAGCACAGGGUCUCAUGGAAGCUCCUUGAUGGGGAAAGGAAGUGCUGUCCACGAGUAUGUGAAAGCGAUGACGAUGGUCGUUCCAGCCACAGAGCAGGAAGGGUUUGCGAAAAUUGUCAAGAUCACUGACCAGGACGAAGACUUUAUGAAUGCUGCCAAGGUCUCACUCGGAGUUCUGGGGGUGAUAUCACAGGUGACUUUGUCACUGCAGCCGAUAUUCAAGAGAUCAGUGACAAAGUUUGAGGCAUCCGACGUAAAUCUGGAGAAAGAGAUUCUAGAGUUUGGGAAGAACCACGAGUUUGGAGACGUCUCCUGGUAUCCAUCGAAGUACAAAGUCAUCUACAGAGCAGACGACCGUGUUCCUGUGAGUACCAGCGGAGACGGUGUGAACGAUUUCACUGGAUUUCAACCGACGCUUGCCACUGCAGUUGAAGCUCAAAGAAUUCUAGAGGAAGGUUUCGAGAUAUCAGGUGACCACACUGGGAAGUGUGCCACUGGAUUGGUGCAAACUCAAGCACUUUUCGCUACAGGGGAAGGCUUCAAGAGCUCAGGUGGAGUUUUCACUGGCUACCCGGUCGUUGGUUUCCAGCACAAGAUCCAGUCCUCUGGCGGCUGCCAAGCCUCACUCUCUCAACAACUCGUCUGUCCAUGGGAUCCCACAGUGAGAGGCCUGUUUUACCAUCAGACCACCGUCUCCAUAUCGGUGGACAAGAUCCAGGAAUUCAUUACCGACGUCAAGACACUUCGAGCUCUAAAUCCCGCCGCUCUGUGUGGAGUGGACCUCUACAAUGGCUUCCUCAUGCGCUAUGUCCGAGCUUCAUCUGCAUAUCUGGGAAAGCAAUCCGACGCAGUGGACGUGGACAUAACUUACUACCGAGCUCGCAGUGGAAACACUCCCAGGCUGAACGAGGACGUCCUGGAAGAGGUGGAACAGAUGGCUUUGUUCAAGUAUGGAGGUCUCCCGCACUGGGGGAAGAACAGGAACAUCGCGUUUGGGACUCACACGGCUGCCAAAUAUCCCAAGCUGCAAAAGUUCCUGGUGGUGAAGAGCAAGUUUGAUCCGGAUGGUUUCUUCUCGAGCGAGUGGUCCGAUUUUGCGCUUGGAAUCUCUGGUGGAAGUAGUAAUCUUCCACACUGUGCUCUCGAGGGUGAGUGUGUUUGCUCGCUCGACUCUCACUGUGCUCCCGAGAACUAUUACUUUUGUAGGCCAGGGAGAGUUUACACGGAUGCGCAGGUUUGCCGCUUUGUCCCGCCUGGGACCGCCUGAAAGAAUCGUUGGUAUAUUCCAAUCCUGCCAGGAUCAAUGACGAUCUUAUCGGUGACCCUCCAAGUUUAUGACCUGUGAAUUUAAAUCGCUACGCCCUGUCUCCGGCAGUGGCGUUGAUUGUGCCGGAC